GAAUCUGGGUAAAAGAUCAGAAUUGGGCUGCCUGUGUAAACUCAGCCAGUGUGUACUUACAUAGAAAGCAUUAUAUUUCUAUGGUGUAGAGUAGACAGUAGCGUUUCCGCGCUCCUCACGUGAACGCGCAAACUCUCUCCCGUGUAUCGAUGAAGCUGGUUGAAACAUGGCGGACUUCCUGCCGACCCGAUCCGUACUAAACCACUACUUCCCCGCUUGCCUGCUUACCAACACCGAGGUGGAACAGCUGAGGAAAUCUAAGGCGAUUGACAAAAGUAUUUCCCGGGACAAAACCUACGUGAAACGACUAGUGAAGAUACUUUUACUGGGCGCGGGCGAGAGCGGCAAGUCCACUUUCCUCAAACAGAUGAGGAUUAUCCACGGGCAGGACUUCGACCAGCAAGCUCGAGAAGAGUUCCGGGCAAUAAUUUACAGCAAUGUUAUCAAAGGUGUGCGUGUGUUGGUGGAUGCACGGGAGAAGCUUCAGAUCCCCUGGGGUUCCUCUGACAACCAGGUGCACGGAGACAAUGUGAUGUCAUUUGACACACGAUCUUCGAUGAUGGUGCACGGCCAGGUGGAGACGAGCGUGUUCCUCAAGUACCUGCCCUCCAUCCAGGCCCUGUGGGCUGACGUUGCCAUACAACACGCCUACGACAGACGCAGGGAGUUCCAGCUGGGUGAGUCGGUUAAGUACUUCUUGGACAAUGUGGAGAAGCUCGGGGAGCCGAGCUACAUCCCUUCCCAGCAUGACGUCCUGCUAGCCCGUAAGCCCACUAAGGGCAUUCAUGAGUAUGACUUUGAGAUCAAGAGUAUUCCCUUCAAGAUGGUGGACGUGGGAGGACAGCGCUCAGAGAGACGUCGGUGGUUUGAGUGUUUUGACUCUGUCACCUCCAUACUGUUCCUAGUGUCUUCUUCAGAGUAUGACCAGGUCUUGAUGGAGGACAGGCAGACCAACCGGCUGAGAGAGUCAUUGAACAUCUUUGAGACGAUUGUCAACAACCGAGUCUUCCUCUCAGUCUCCAUCAUCCUCUUCCUCAACAAGACUGACCUGCUGGAGGAGAAGGUCUUGAAUGUUUCGCUAAGUAAAUACUUCCCAGAGUACACGGGGCCGGACCACAGCCUGCCGGACGUCCAGAAGUUCCUAGUUGACUGUUUCCGGGAGAAGAGAAGAGACUUGACACAGAAGCCCCUCUACCACCACUUCACCACGGCCAUCAACACAGAGAACAUCCGCCUGGUGUUCCGAGAUGUCAAGGAUACUAUCCUUCAUGACAACCUCAAACAGCUGAUGCUCCAGUGAACUAUGACCUCCAGAGAGAACCUGAGCAAAACCAGCCUCUGAGAGGUCCCCAGAGAGGACUUAUUCUCCUGCCUAAAAGAGGACCUGAUUGAGGACCUCUCACCUUUAAAAGAGGACCUGCAAUAAACCAGACUUUAAGAGGACUUGGUUGAGGACACCCAUGCCUUGGGGAGGACCUUGACGUUCUACUUCUGUUUAGAUGUUUUUAUUUUGGUUUUUACUGCCCUGUGGUGAGUGGAUGGUCUAUAGACUGCUCUGAAGUCAGUUUGGCUAGGGACAUGAUUGAAUGCUGGAUACUAAGCUCUGUCCCUGGGUCAGUUUGAUGCCUACCGUGCUGUCAUAGCCCCUCUCCUUUCCACUGAUCUGUGUGACUAACUGAUGGAGAAACCAUAACGCCUUCAUACAACAUCUUAAUAACCCUUAAUCACUGUGUGUGUGCGUGCGUGCAUGUGUUAAUCUGUACUGAGCUAUUUGUGUAUACCUGUCUAGCCUUAGGUAUUUGCGUAAACUAUCAUUUAAUCAAUCAUGUCCUUGAUCACCUACAUUCCAGUGUGUGUGUGUGUAUACAGUUAAAUGUCUGCCUUCCUAUUCCCUGAUGGUUAACUUGUAAUUCUGCUGUAAGGACACACACACUUGCAGCAGGCUGGCGUGACGGUUAGCUAAUAUUGUUAUCUCAGGGUUGUAUGGAGACCAUUGUAUAAAUGUCAUUAUUGUGUCUGUAGUCUAUUGUCGAGACCCCUCAAAUUCAAAUCUGGCCCUUCAUUGCUUUUUUCAAUUUUCCCCUUCUAAUCAGGGACUGGUUUAGACCUGGGACAUCAGGUGGGUGCAAUUAAUUAUCAGGUAGAACAGAACCAGCAGUACUCCAUACCUCAUAGGGUAAUAUUUGAAUAACCCAUGUCUAUAUUGGAUACUCCAGGUUAAAGCUUUAGAUUCUUAGUUAAAUGUCUUCUGUGCGAACCUGUUCUUGGACGUAUUCUUUAGGCACGAAUUGGAAGAAACGGGCUGCAACGGGGAGGUACUAUCUGAACUUGUCCAAUAAGAAACGGCUGUUUUCUUUUUUUUCAUGGCACAAUGUUUUGAAAUGUUUUGCCACAGUGUGCCCUAAUGAAUACAACCCAGAAGAGCAGAGGGCUGUGUCUCAGACCCUGGGCUGCAUUCAUUUGGGGAGCAAAUGUUAUAUAACCUUCAGGUAGAGCCAUACAUGCGUGUUAAUUCCUAUAUGAACGUUCUAUAACGCCUCCCUCUCCUCCCCUCCCAUUGGUGCCCUUGUAAAGGGAUGUGUGUUGCGUUAGACGGCCUCUCUGGCCAUCUGUUUGAUGUUUAUAGUUGUACAGACUGACUCCAAUUUGUAGUUGAAAUGUUUUUGUUUCUUUCCUGUCUAUACUGUAACCUGUGUUGUUGAUGACCAUAGUGUGUGUGUAUACUGUCCUAAUGUGUAUAGGUAUGCUGACACUGUAAAAUCUGCCACCUUUAUAGUGCUGAAUGACAGCUUGAGGCUAACUCCAGAUCAGCGCUGUAACGUUUCUCUCCUGCUAAAUCACACUGUGCCUUCACCGUAUGUGUACAAGGAUCAACUGUGAUAGACACGUCAGCUCCGUAGCUAGAGGAAAACUGUCUUUCCACUGUCCCUCUCUGGCUCUGGCCUUGUACAUACUGACACCUGAUGCCUUAGUUGUAAUAUAAAACACUUGGUUUACUUUCAUGUGUAAAUGGUUGUUUAAAAAAUGGGCAGAUGAUUAUUCUCUGAUUGCUGUUUCACACUUUGCCUUGUCAUUGAACAGACUAUGGACAUGUUUCCUUUUUCUAACAAUCAGCGUUCUUCCUUGUUUAAUGCCACUUAAACCGUUAAAAUAAAACCAUAUUUCUUUA